AUGUUCGUUUACAAGAGAGAUGGACGCAAAGAACGCGUGCAGUUCGACAAGAUCACGGCCCGUGUUUCGAGGCUCUGUUACGGCCUCGACCCGGAGCACGUUGAUGCUGCUGCUAUCACCCAGAAGGUUAUCUCCGGUGUCUACCAGGGCGUGAACACUAUUGAGCUGGACAACUUGGCUGCCGAGACUGCGGCGUACAUGACCGUCACACACCCCGACUAUGCCAUCCUGGCCGCUCGUAUCGCCGUUUCCAACCUCCAUAAGCAAACUAAGAAGCAAUUCUCUAUGGUUAUCUCUGACCUCUACCACUAUGUCAACCCCAAGAACAACAAGCCCGCACCAAUGAUCUCGAAGGAUAUUUACGAGAUUGUCAUGAAGCAUGCCGAUGAGCUUAACUCGGCUAUCGUCUAUGACCGUGACUUCAACUACAACUACUUUGGUUUCAAGACCUUGGAGCGUUCAUAUUUGCUGCGGAUCAGCGGCAAGGUGGCCGAGCGUCCUCAGCACCUGCUGAUGCGUGUUGCUGUGGGUAUCCAUGGUGAGGACAUUGAAAAGGCUAUUGAGACCUACCACUUGAUGUCCCAGAAAUACUUCACCCAUGCUUCCCCAACUUUGUUCAACGCUGGUACCCCUCAGCCCCAGUUAGCUUCCUGCUUCCUGGUUGACAUGAAGGAGGACAGCAUUGAGGGCAUUUAUGAUACCCUGAAGACCUGUGCCAUGAUUUCCAAGACUGCCGGUGGCAUUGGUUUGAACGUUCACCGCAUUCGGGCCACUGGCUCCUACAUCGGCGGGACUAACGGUUCUUCCAACGGUAUUGUUCCUAUGUUGCGUGUGUACAACAACACCGCCCGUUACGUGGACCAGGGUGGUAACAAGCGCCCUGGUGCUUUCGCCAUCUACCUUGAGCCUUGGCACGCCGAUGUUUUCGAGUUCCUCGAUCUUCGCAAGAACCACGGCAAAGAGGAAGUCCGUGCUCGUGACCUGUUCUACGCUCUGUGGACCCCCGAUCUCUUCAUGAAGCGUGUCGAGGCUAACGGCGACUGGACUCUCUUCUGCCCCAAUGAGGCUCCCGGCCUGGCUGAUGUUUACGGCGAUGAGUUUGAUGCUCUCUACGAGCGUUACGAGAAGGAGGGCCGUGGCCGCAAGACCAUCAAGGCUCAGAAGCUCUGGUAUGCUAUUCUUGAGGCCCAGACUGAGACCGGCAACCCCUUCAUGCUGUACAAGGAUGCUUGCAACAAGAAGAGCAACCAGAAGAACCUGGGCACCAUCCGCAGCUCCAACCUGUGCACCGAGAUCAUUGAGUACAGUGCCCCCGAUGAGGUUGCUGUCUGCAACCUGGCUUCGCUUGCUCUCCCCACCUUCGUCGACGCUGCUCGUGGCGAGUAUGACUUCGGCAAGCUGCACGAGGUCGUCCAAGUUCUGGUGCGCAACCUGAACAAGAUCAUUGACAUCAACUACUACCCUGUCCCCGAGGCCCGCAAGAGCAACUUCCGUCACCGUCCUAUUGCCCUUGGUGUUAACGGUCUAGCCGAUGCCUUCCUGGCUCUGCGCCUGCCCUUCGACUCUCCGGAGGCUAAGCAGCUGAACAUCCAGAUCUUUGAGACCAUCUACCACGGUGCUCUGACUGCCUCCUCGCAGCUGGCCAAGGAGCUCGGUACCUAUGAGACCUACGAGGGCUCCCCUGUCUCCCAAGGCAUCCUGCAGUAUGACAUGUGGGACCGCACUCCCACCGACCUCUGGGACUGGUCUGCUCUGAAGGCUAAGAUUGCUGAGAACGGCGUGCGCAACAGUCUGCUGGUUGCUCCCAUGCCGACCGCCAGUACCAGCCAGAUCCUGGGCUUCAACGAAUGUUUUGAGCCUUACACCUCCAACAUCUACUCCCGCCGUGUCCUGGCUGGUGAGUUCCAGGUUGUCAACCCGUGGCUGCUGAAGGACCUGGUCGACCUGGGCUUGUGGUCCGACAACAUGAAGAACCGCAUCAUCGCCGACGGUGGCUCCGUCCAGAACAUCCCCAACAUCCCGGCCGACAUCAAGGCACUGUACAAGACCGUGUGGGAGAUCUCCCAGCGGUCCAUCCUGCAGAUGGCCGCUGAUCGUGGUGCCUACAUCGAUCAGUCCCAGUCGCUCAACAUUCACAUGAAGGAGCCCACCAUGGGCAAGAUCACUUCCAUGCACUUCGCUGGCUGGAAGAUGGGUCUGAAGACCGGCAUGUACUACCUGCGUACCAUGGCUGCCUCUGCGCCCAUCCAGUUCACCGUCGACCAGGAGCAGCUCAAGGUUGAGGACACCAACGUCGCUCGCGCGAACCCCUCGUACAAGAAGCGUGCCGUCGGCGCCGCUUCCUCUACCUACUCAGCUGUGCCCCGUUCCAACGGUGCUGAGCCAGAGGCUGCCUCUACCAAUGGCUCUCCUCGCCUUGAGAGCCCCCGUACUCUGGUUGAGCCCAUCGCUGCCGCUCCCGCCCCGGCCGCCGAGGCUAAUGGCGCUACUGCUCUCUCCGAGGGUGCCGAGGGUGAGACCGAGGGCAAGUCUGAUGGCGAUAUCUUCUCCGACAAGGUGCUCCAAUGCAGCAUCGAGAACAAGGAGGCCUGCCUGAUGUGCCAGGGCUGA